CUCCCAUUGGCUAAAUUACAGUUUGCAAUAGUGGUAACGCAAAUAUUUAGACAGCGGAGAUCCAAUUAAUACAAUGUGAUGUAUGUAAAUAUAUUGUGAGUAGAUCAUUUGAUGCUCAAUUCUCUUUGUAAAAAAAAAAAGUGUGUAUUCUGUUGUUCUUUUCAGCAACAAGUACGCAAACAGACGUCGUAUCGUCAUAGCCAAUAGAAUGUCGAAAGAUGGCUGGUGGGCGUGAUGGCGUCGGACAUUUUGGCCGCGAGGGUCUGGCAAGUUUUUGUGUCUGACUACUCGACUGGAGGUCUUUGUUUUUUAUUCUCUCGUUGGCAGUCACGAACAUUUGUUAUUUACUGGAAAUGGAAAAAGAACUGUUUACUAAUCUUGCAUCUAAAAUGGGUAUAACCUCUGCAAGAAUUCUAAGCCAAGCAGAGGAGUACAUGCGGUUAUCCCUGGUUAGAUGCACAGGACUCAAAAAUACUACGGGUACAAGCAAAGCAAUAAUUUGUCUUGAGCUGGCAGCAAAAUCAAUGAACUUACCCCUGGACAAAGAAUAUACCGUCAAAUUAUCCGGGUUGAAAAAUAAGCAGUAUCAAAGCACUCUGAAGGCCAUAGAAUGCAUGCUUGGCCUUGAUUCUCACCUGGGACUCCGAGACUUUGCUGUUCAGUUUGGGUGCAUGGAUGCAGUCAAAGUAGCAACCAAAAUACUAGAACGGUAUGAAGCAAGCCUUCCUGCUGCUCAGCAGAAAGAUGUGGACCUGUCAAAACCACUCUUCACUACAGCUGCUUUGAACGCUGCAUGCAAAUGCUUGAAGAUCAAAGUGGACAGGAAGCUGGUCGCAUCAUCUGGUGCUAAAAAGGGAAUCUUUGACAGGCUGUGCACACAGCUCCAGAAACUGGGACAGGACAUCUGCAAAGAAGCCACUCCACUGAAGAAUCCAGUUAAAAUGUCACAAAAAAGACAGAACACACUCAUGGAAAGUAUUGAACAAAAGGAGGAAGAGGAAGAUCUGCCAAUGUCUCAAAAGCAGCUGAAAGUGGACUCUGAGAAGAGUGCAACAGAGGAUUACGAAGAGUGGAAGCGAAGAAUCUUGGAAAAUGCCCUUAAAGCCAAACAAGCCAAUGCAUGAAAGUUCAUUUGAAAUUCAUUGCUGUUUAUAUAUUAAGAAAGAGUGUCGUGGCUGAGCUGAUUGAGGGGAAAGGUUCUCACAAGCUUGGGCAUGUGUUCAGUGAAAAUGCUGUAUGCAGUGCUGAGUAGUGAGGCUGGAGCUCUCGUUUUCUUUGAAUGUGAACGCUAAUGAGCAGGUACAAGUCUGCUAAGGAAGCACACAGCAGCUCCAUAUCUGAUUUAUUUCAGUUUUUGGAGAAGGUUAACUGAAAGAGGUGUUUUUUUUAUUAGUGUUUAUUUUUUAUUUGAUCAUUGUUUGUUUCAACCAUGGUUAUUUUAUGCUAUAAGCAAGCAUGAUACGUUUCUAUUCAAACAGUACAUUGACUUGUCUGCCCCUCAGUGGUCAUGUGUGAGAUGUACUCAUAAGAGAAUUCUGCUGGUCUAUGUGUUGGAUUUGUAUAGUUUUAAGAUGAACAUUCUGUGGUGUUUUAAAACGGCUAACUACAAUUUCCCUCAUUUUGUAAAAUCACAAUUUAUGGUGGAUUAUAGACUGUUUUAACAGUUGGCAGCUGGCAUUAUCAACUGUUUUUUAUUUAGACCACGUUGAGUACCACAGUAUGAGUCGAAUGGUUCGAAUUGUUUUUAAUGUUUCCAUCUGGGAUUUUAGAAAUACUUAAUAUGAGUUCUGUGUUUCGUGUAGGCUAACCCCGGCGUGACGUUUUGAUAACUGCACAAAUCUCUCUCGGACAAGGUAAUGUAUCAAUACUUAGCAUUGUGAAAAUUGAGGCGAAUGUAUUGAUUAAAACUCGCCUUGUCUGAGAGAAUAACACAGCUAUCAAAACGGCACGCGAAGGUAAACCUACACCGAACACAAAAUGAAUUAGAAUUUGUCAAAUGAAUGGCGGGAAAAACCAUUGUAACCAUUUUUGUGUUUAUGGGUGUUAUGAUGCUUCUGUGUUGGGACUAUUGACAAUAGUAGAAGUCGGUGUCCUUUUGUGGCUUCACUUAUUUUAAUAAAUUGACAUUUAGUCAUA